CAGUGGGAGCGGGAUCGUGGGUACAAGGACAAGGAGGGCGGAAACCGGGUGGACGUGACUAGGAGGCGAUGUCCCGCUCCGAGCGCGGCACACACAACGAUGACCCCAGCGUGCACGUUCCGGACGUUGGCCGGUACUCCACGCCCCGCGACCGGCGGAGCAACAACGAUACGGACUGGGGCCGCACAGAGCCGCGAAUGGGACGCGCUGACGGUGCGGGCAUCGCGAGGGAGCAUCCCGGACGAGGGCGUGCAGCUCGACGCGCGGGAGCGAGAGGGGUAACAGAUCCCGCUGGAUCGCGACUGAUAGAUGGGCACGUCGCCUGCUUUCUUUGAGAAAACUCCUACUGCUGAAUUUACGCUCGGAGGGCCUUGCUGGUAGCUAGAAUUUUGGAGGCAGAGAGCACUCCAGGACCUGCAAGGGCUGAGUCGGCGAACCCUUCCCGUAUUUGCGUUUUUUUCUGCGCCCUCACGAUGUCCCGUCAGAGGUGGUCAAAAACACUAGACGUUUGGCUUCGUCCAUGUUCUCGACAAGCGCCCCCUUGGCUGUGUUAGAGUUCUCUAUUAGAAGAUCAAGUUUGGCGGCGAUGACUACAAUACACGGAGCAUCGCGAACGUCACACCACACAAACUCAAGCGCGUCAGGGAGGAGAACGAGGGGCAGCUGGCUGUGGAGGAAGAGGAGGAACAGCGGAGGUGGAGAGAUGAGCUGUGCUGACCGAGAGCACUGGAGGAUGGACGACGAGGAUAUCUACGGCAGAGAUAAAAGGCACCUUCACGUGCUCAACAUGCACUCACAAUUGCCGUCACCCCUGUACGAGAACCUUUUGCACCAGCCUUUGACGCCUUCCGUGUCCAAGGAGCGUAUCAAUGCUCUUGCUUUCCAGCUUG